AUGCCUGCCACCCUGCCGCUCGAACUCGCCCUCCUUGUGGUCGAUUUCGCCCUUGUUCGCGGCAAAGACGAGAAGAAGCUCGAGCAACGCCGACGCUUGAGGCCAUUGAGCUACGUCUGCAAGGCCUUCCACAAAGCGGUCAGACCGACUCUGAACACUCGCCCCAUCUUCUUCAAGGGCAGGCAGCGCUCCUCGAUCAACAAGCUUGAAGAAGUCGCCCGCGCAGGCACUUUCGCCGACGUCUCCGUCGUCUGCGGCAUUCCGGACGACCCGUUUGACGUUGUUCGAGCGAACGGCCAAGCCAUCAAGACGCUCGUCCACAAGGGAAGGCUCGGGCGAGCUGCACGCCUGUCGACUAUACCGCGCGCCCUCGAGGAAUUGAAACUCCUCUUCCUCGUCUGCAUCAAGCCUUCUCCUCGUCAAAACACCGAUUCUCUCGCCAUCAAUCAGCUCAGCCUCCUCUCUCCGCUCCCUGCCCGAGUCAUUCUCGACUUCCUGCGCCCCGCCUUGACGCCAAACCUGCGCAGCCUCGCGCUGCUCGACGCCCAUCGCUUCGAGGAGAAUGCGGCCACCCUCCUCCUCGCAGCCGCCGCAAGUUUUUCACGACUCGACUUUGUCCAACUGCACUACGAACGUCCUUCCGACACCAGUCUCUCCGCACUCGGCCAGGUCGUUCCGACACUGGGCUGCGGACCUUACUGCGACACGGAGUACAUCCAGCUCACCGGCGUCGAUGCGCUAUGUGCCGAAGGAGCGAAGAUGCGCGUGAGGCAAACCAGGGCCAGUGACUAUGUCGAAGACCUUGUCGCGGCCAUCGAGAAGGGCGCAGGGCGGAAGGCGCUCUUUCUUCCUUACGGCACGGGCUGCUACAUGAAGACCCAACGCCGUCUCGAAGCCGCUAUCAAAAAGUAUCGGAUCAAGCACGUCGGCUACUAUUCAGAUCGCAAGGACGACCUCUUCGACAGCUCGACAUCGGAACCCUUCCGCCGCUACCUCGCGAAGGAAAGGCUCGAAGGACGCAUGUGA